AUGGCUCUCCCUGUCCAGCAUCACGGAGUGCACUUCCUCAGCAGGAGGUGUGGCAGCAGGAGGUGUGGCAGCAGGCGAUGCGACGCGGACAGACAAAGCGCCGACAGAAGUAAGGAGCGUAGAAUAGUGCCACUCACUACCAAGACCAGUCGCAACUAUGCUGCUUUCACUGCAUUGCCUUGGAGGCCCUUCUGGCCGUCUCUUGCUGCAGCAGCCGGCAGCAAAGGCUUUUUGUUUGAGCCAUUCUGGUCCAAGGCAGCAGCAGAAAAGGCAGUCGUGGCAGGCUUUGCAGUGAGAGGGAAAAUGCACAUUCCAGCAAUCAAAACGGCGAGAGCACUGUUGCUUGUUCGCCCUUCGGAAGCUCAAGCCAUUGGCGCGCCGUUUCGAGUCUUCGUGCACCCGGCAACUCGAGAGACUUUGCAUGCGUUUGAGAUCGGGGGCUUUGUAGCCAGAAAUAGAUCCUUGCACGGGGACGCAGUCAUUGCGACGUUCUUUCCGAGGGCGUUUACAGAGGAAGUCUGCUGGAAAGCUCUGCAGCGACAGGCUUCCGAGCCGCCACAGCAGCAGCAUUUGAACAGUGGUGCAGCCACUCUCUGCAGGGAAGUGUAUUGUGUGACGGAGAGACAAGCGGCCGUGUCCAAUGAAACAGAUGUUGCUGCCAAGGCAGAUUUCUCCCCAGCAGGAGCACCGCGGCAGGUCUUUCGUGGGAGCAGCGGGCAUCAACAACAACAGCAACAACAACAGCAACAACAGCAACAACAGGAGCAACAGCAACAGGAGCAGCAGCAACAACAACAGCAGCAACAGCAACAGGAGCAACAACAACAACAGCAACAACAGGAGCAGCACCAAGAAGGGGCUUUGUUGCAACAGCAACUGAAUUGCCGCGUCGUUUAUAUUGAAGAGAGAGGAAUUGGGGUGUCGCAGGAGAUCCUCGCGUUGGUACAGCCACAUCAGCAUGCUGCAUCUAUCCGCCGUUUUUUGAAACGGCAGCGGCAGCUCCAGCAGCAGACAGAGCAGCGCGCAAGCAUACUAGCAGAGGAUGCAUGUACAGUGAAGGCACAACCGAGGGACGGCAGGCUGCCACCCUUUCGACUGCCGCUCUUGGCGCUUCUCCGUGCAGUGCAACAGCACCAGCAGCAGCAGCAGCAAGCAAGCUGCCCAGAAGAGCCGCAAGGCGACAGGACGCAGAGGGAGCAGCCGCAGCAGCAUCAGCUCGACCCCAUGGAAGAAGCUGCCAAGUAUCUGCUCUCUCUCGCGGGUGAUAGUCAGAGCUUGCUGGUGCUGUUGCGGAGAGGCGACUGGCCAGUGCACAACACGGCUCCUGCAGCAGCGGACGCAGAAGUGUCACUUAUUGGUAUCAAGGGAGACAUAGCAGCAGAAGCAGAUGCGGCAGUCCAGCUGACAGGUCUAGAGUUCAGGGAUUUCUCCCCCGCGGUGUACGCAGAACUGCGGCAACGACUGCAUGCCAGGUGUCCAGACACAGGGAACCCGUUGUGGCUGCAGCAAGCCAUCGAGAGCAACACGCGCGUUGAUUGCAGGCAGCAGCGGGAAACGCGAACAGCCUUCCAGAGACACGAGGAGGAAGCUCCGAAGCGCCAGUGUGCAGAAAGCAGCACGGCGUCGUCGGCUUGCCCGCCGAUGAGGCCAAGCUUCUUUCCUCUGCUUCCAUCGGGAGCAUCUGCCACGGCAGACGCGGCAGCAACAGGGUGCACAGAAGCGGCCGCUGCAACAGAAGCAGCUGCCUGCAGGCUGCUCCCGCUCAGAAUCUUCAGUAUUGAUCCCCCCACAGCGAAAGACCUUGAUGACGCGAUCAGCAUCCGCCGACUGCCUUCUGCUACUGCUCUUGCUGCUGCUGCUGCGGCAGCAGCUGAUGGCAGUAGAAAGAAGGCUGCAGAAUGCUUUGCAGCCAGUGCUCCAGUGACCAUGGAGUAUGAGCUAGGUGUGCAUGUUGCAGACGUCUCACAUUUCGUUCCGCGGGGGUCGCUGCUGGACGCAGAGGCACGCCGGAGGGCCACAUCCAUCUACCUGGAUAACAAGGUGUAUCCGAUGCUACCCAGGGAAUUGAGCGAGGAUGUCUGCUCGCUUCUCCCUGGUGUGCCUCGUCUUGCGCGGUCCGUCUUCAGCCGCAUCGCUGAUGAUGGCUCGAUUUUGCAAGCGGGAGAAACAGGAACCCUCAUUCAGUCUGGAGCUCGUCUGACCUACUCUCAGGUUGACGAGUUCUUGGAGUCGCUUUGUUCCUGCAUGCUGGGGCGGCAUUCGCGGCUUCUCCUGCAGCAGCAACUGCAGCAACUGCCUCCCCAUAUGUCUCCUCUGGUGUCUCCUGAGCUGCUUCGGCUCCUCUCUGCCAGCAACCUGCAACAGCUCGUUGGAGCCCAGCAGCAACAGCCGUCAGCAGAUGGCAGCCGCGCGCUGCUGCAGGUGUUGCUGCAACAGCUCGAACAGCAGCACUUGCAGCGAGCUGCGUUCUCGCUGAUGGAGGUUGCUGACGUGAUCGGCAUUAUCAGAGAAGAAGGGGCACGGCAUGGAAUUCCAGGGGGAGUCGCUGAAGACCUGCUCCUACUGCAUCAUCUGGCUGCAAACCGCUGUGCAUUGCGCAGCGAAAACGGAAGCCUGACACUGAACUCUUCUGUCGGCUGGAGUAUCACUUUUGAGCGGCUUGAAAGCAGCAGUACUAGCCCCAGCAGGCGUCCUCUACGCCUCCGAGUCAUCAGAGAGGACAAGCGAUGGGCUCAUGCGAUGAUUGAGGAGGCAAUGGUCUUAGCCAAUCAUGUUGUUGCUGCGCGCAUUGUGAGCGAAAGUAGGAGUGCAGCAGCAGCAACAACAACAGCGCCUGCUCAUGCUGGUGCCAUCCGGGCAGAGAAAGGGCCUCUUGCUGGACAGUUUGACGCUGAAGUCUCUCAGGAAGAGCAGCAGCAGCAGGCAGGAGACACUGCUUCUGUGUCUGCUGCAACGGCCAGUUCUCCUAUGGUCUUUGGGGGAGUCGUGAGGCGGCACGGCAGCAGCAACUCGCAGGCGACGCGCCGCGUCUUGCAGCUUAUUGGACCGACCCUCGCGCAUGAGUUUCGGUUCUCUCUACAGCGGAAGCAGCAGCAGCAGCAACAGCAGCAGCAGCAACAACAACAGCCGUCUCGGGAUCCUUCUUCUGUAACGGCAAGGGAAAACGAUGCGAUGAGGCCAGUUCACACGAACAACGCAAAGACAUCUCCCACCUUUGCGGCUGCUGCUGCUGCCACAGACGUAACAGCAAGCGCUCUUGCAAGGGAGGCGAACAACAGACAGGACGAUGCGUCGUGUGCCUCUUCUUCUGAAUCUUUUACUCCUGGCUUGGGGGAGCUGUUAAGCUUCUGCUCCUCUCGAAUGAGUCACCAGGCCUUUGGAGCUCUUUGUUUUGCCUGCCUCAAGGAGCUGCUCCCUGCGGAGUACAUUCCCAGCCAUAGCGUUGUCGCACAACCAACGGCUGGGCCCUUUGCUGCUGCGACUGCUGCUCAAACUCUCGGCAGCAGCAGCACAUGCAGCGACAGUCUGAAUGCCGCUUGUGAAGCUUCUGGAGGCGUUUCGUCUUCAUAUGCAGUUGGCGCCUCCCCUGCGUUCAAACCCCUCUCAGCUGCGCAUUGGGGUCUUGCCCUUCCUGUGUAUCUCCACUUCACUUCACCCAUUCGCCGCUACGCGGACAUUAUGGUCCACAGAAUUCUGAAAACGCGAAGUCGAAUGGAGCCUCUCGUCGACUUGGAGGCCAUCUGCCACCACUGUAACCGCAACAAGCGCCGAGCGGAGGAUGCGCAGCUGAGCUUUUCCUCGUGGUAUUUGAAUGAAUAUCUCAAGGCAGCCCACCCAGGAGGCCUCGCGUACGGCUACGCCUCGAUCGCGCACAUUCACGUUCCGUCUAACUGGGGUAUAGACACACCGGCAGCAGCCGCAGCGUCUGCAACAACCAAAGGAAGCAGUGCAACAACCAAAGGAAGCAGUGCAACAACCGACGCGCAUCACGAUGACGGAGUCAAAGAGGCGAAGGAAGCAUCCGUCUCUGGGGGCAGUGAAGAUGCAAGGCGCAGGGCCUCCGUGCCUGUUGCACUUGUUUCUGCCACCGCUUCAGAAGAGGAUACACCCACGCAGCCUGCGCUGCAGCUCUUUGUGCCGCUUCUGCACCAGGCUCGCAGCUACAGCCUCUCAACCCUCGGGCUGGAGCUGCUUUCAUGUAACGAAGGUCAUGCAGACUUGCGAGAUCCUGCUACUGCACUUGCAGAUGAAAACAGCGGGAGAGCCACGGCUCCUGCUGCCGUCGGAGGAGAUGACUGCAUUCGCUCCAUCCGCGUGCGCCGUCUGCCAUCAUGUGCGGUGGCUGCACCGCCUGAAGAAAAGGAAAGAACGGAGGUGUCUCAGCAGCAGCAGCCGCCACAUCAGCGGACGCCUGCAGUUCCUGUAGAUGAGGCGACUGCACAGUUGCUACGCGGUCCUGCUGGGCCCCUAAGCGGAGUGCCUUUUGGGGGAGAAGCUGUGCUGCACUUGUUCGGUAACAUUCGUGUUUUGCUCGUACCAGGGGAAAGGCAGUGGGCUUUACGCCUCUCUUUUGACCCCUAA